AUGCUAGAAAGAAAUUCUGACUAUGUGGGAGGAUACCUCGGAAUGCCUCAUAGAACCCUUCGCACUGUGGAACGUCUCGAUCCUGCAAAAGCAGACGCUGUAUGGGAGUAUGUCGCUCCCAUGAAAACUCCAAGAAGUGGAUUCGGUGUUGCAGUGCUCGACAACUUGCUUUAUGCUGUUGGUGGCUAUGAUGGAAAAAACCUUUUGAGCAGUGUUGAGAGGACAGAAUUCUGA